ACUAACACUUUGUUUAAGAUGAAUUCCGAAGAGAGUAAAGUUGAAUCUCGUCCAGUGUUUAAGUGCUCGAGCUUUAUAAAUGCGAAUAAACCAGCAAACAAGAAGAGGGCUUGGAAGUCACUGAAGCAAAUUAUCUCUACAGAGAGGUCGUUGCCGUGGCCGGAGGAUCACAUUCACUACAGCAGUAUAAAUGCGCCUCCCUCAUUCCUUCCAGCAGAAAAAUUCUCGGAUCUCUCAGGCCUACCAGCCCCUUACACGGACCCACAAACGCGCCUCCGCUUCGCCAACAAAGAGGAAUAUUCAACACUGUUAACCCUUCCAAUGGACAUCACAGCUGGAUAUCUGGCACUGAGGGGUGCCAGCAGCAUUGUAGGCUAAAUACUCAUAGUUUUAACAGUCAUUUAUUAAUCAUUAAGGUCUAAACAAUAAUAUAUAAAAAUA